AUGUCGAGCUCCAUCAUGACGAUCCUCGAGCAAAACCCGACCGUGGGCAUCGCAGUGGGCGGCGCGCUCGUGGUCGCAGCGGUUGGUCUGACCGCGGCAAAGGCGUUGGGUGGCGGUGAGAAAGCCGUGUCGGACAAGACCACGUCGGCGUCCAAGAAGAAGAAGAAGACCGCCAAGAGCGGCAAGAAGAAGCCGUCUGUUGCUCCAGUCGAGCAGAAGGAGCACAAGGAUCACACGCCGGCCAUUAACCUUGAAGAGUUUGUCGACGACGGUCCAGACUCUGAAGAGGAAGAGGCGAUUCGUGCCGAGAAGCGCAAGCUGAAGCUCAAGCAAAAGAAGAAAAACGCCAAGGCCAAGCAGCGCGCUGCAGUGAGUAGCAGUCCUGGCAAAUCGGCAGUAGAGGAGACGGACAAGGAGAAGGAGAAGAAGAGGGCUGCAGCAGCUGCAAUCAAGAAGGACGUGGAAGACGGCUGGGAAACGGUCUUGAGCAAGAAGAAGAGCGUAAAGUCCAAGCAGCAGUAG